CAUAAAUUGGCAAAACAAUGGCUAAUUCAUGGGAUUUUUCUCCAAAAUCUCACAACAACUAAUUAACUAAUUUUCUACAUGAAGAGAGAAUGGAGAGGGGGAGUGCUAGGGUUAAGGCACGUUUUCCGGCAGCCAAGGACAGUGCAGAUCGCUUAGUGAAGGAUAUGUGGUUUUGCUUUUGGUCAUUUGGGAAGGUGGUAGACGUGUAUAUUCCUACAAGGCGAGAUUGGAGAGGGCGCCGUUUUGGUUUCGUCCGUAUGACAGAGGUCUCAGAUGCUAAGGAUAUGGAACAGAAAUUAAAUCAGAUUUGGCUUGGAUCCUAUCAUCUCAAGGUGAAAUUGGCAGGGAACAUGAAAAGAGAGAGGGAGGUGUCAGCAAGGAAUCCGAAUAGGCAGUUUGAGAAAAAAUGGAUUAGAAGAGAGAGUAAGGUGACUCCAGGGAUGACUUACGCCCAUGUUGUUGCUGGCAAUGUGGUUGCAUCUGAGGAAGGGAUGUCUUCGAAUAAGGAUGUCAGGCAGGAUGAGAUAACAAAAGGGAAGGAACAGGUAGAGGAUGUGGUGCUGGAGAAAAUACCAAAAAGGAGUACCGCACCAGUGAUAAGUGCAGGCAGGUUGGAGGAAAAGUCUUCUCCAAGAAUGGAUUUGGUAUUAGAAUUUACUCCUAAGGAUGAGGAAGUAGCAUGGUUGAAACGAAGUAUGGUAGCGAAGGUUCGAGCUUUAGAUAUGGUGAAGAAAAUUCAGAACAGGUUGGAUGUAGAUGGUUUACUGGUGAAUGUGGCUUUGCUUGGUGGUCACCAUGUCAUUUUAGUUGAUUAUUCAGAAGGAUGCCUUGUGGAGUUUAUCAGUAAUAACAGUGAACUGGUGGAAUCUUGUGAAUCAACUUUUAAUGAAAACGGAUUUCCGGGCGAUGAUGGGGCACUGUUGGCCGAAGAAUGUGCUGAAACGGAAAUGGAUUCAAAUUUUCUGUUACAAAAAGAAGUAGAUUUAAAUGAGGAAGUUUCAGGCGCGAAUAAGGAAUUAAAUGGGCUGGAGACUUUUGGGCCGAAUGGAGGUCAUUUUAAUGGGCCACAUGAAUGUGGUGAAGUGGAGCAGCAAGUUGAAGAACGAAGUGUAGAAGGUGGGUCCGAAAAUGGGCUUGAGGCUCCUUAUGUGCAGUUAACCCGACCGGACGGGACAGAGAAGAAACACAGAAGCUUGGGAACGAUUUAUGCUAGGGUUAUUGGGAUGGAGGAAUCACGAAAAAUAGGCAUCGGUUGGGUCACGGUCAGGUCAAAGGCUCGAAGAAAUAGAAGGGACACAGAUGUGCAAGGGGAGGAAUUGCGGAUGGAAAGUUGUUCUGUGUCCGAUGGGUGCAUUCGGCACCGGAAUGAGGUGAUUCGAAAGCAACUUCAGAUGGGUGAAGUGAGAGAGCUGUUUGUGAUGGGGCAGAAAUUGGGGAUUCAAUGCCAACAAAAUGAUGAAGAGGUGCUCUCUAGGGGUUUGGGUAGUGUGAUUAAGAGGAAGGAGAUUUUUAAGUUGGUGAGUAAGGAGAAGCCGGAUUUUCUAUUUAUUCAGGAAACAAAAUUAGAGGGAGUUGAGGUUUCUCUGUGUAGAAAGUUGUGGUAUUCUGAGGAUUUUGAUUGGGCUAUGCAAAAAUCAAUGGGAAAUUCGGGAGGGGAGUGGGGUAAGCAGCGAUUGAAAUGUAACCUUGUUAAUGUGUAUGCUCCAUGUGAUAGGCAGAGGAAGGCUAUGUUGUGGGAGGAGAUGGGUAGGUUAGUACUGGAAGAGGGUGGUAGAUGGCUCUUAGCAAGGGAUUUUAAUGCAGUAAGGAAUGUGGCAGAGAGGAAGGGGAGACUAGGUGCGACACAGGACAUGGGAGAUUUUAAUCAAUUUGUAGAGGAGUGUGGGUUCAUAGAUGUUAGACUGAGGAAUAGGAAAUUCACCUGGUACAGACCCGAUGGAUCUUCAAUGAGUUUGUUGGAUAGGUUUUUGUUAUCCACAGAAAUGAGUUUAUUGGAUAGAGAGUGGGUUCAGGUUGGUAUUCGAAGAUCAAUUUCAGAUCAUUGUGCACUUAUUUUGACAUCAAGAAAUAUAGAUUGGGGGCCCAAGCCUUUUCGAGUACUUGACGCAUGGCAACAACACCCUGAUUUCAAAGGUUUUGUGGAGGAUAAAUGGAAGACUUUGCAGAUUGAAGGAUGGGCGGCUUACAAAUGUAAACAGAAGCUGAAAUUAUUAAAAGAGGAUUGCAAAGGGUGGAAUAGAGGGGUGUUUGGUAAUGUGGAGAUUCAGCUGGAUAAAAUGUUAAAGCAUAUUGAGAGGUUGGAUAAAAAAAGUGAGGAAGAGGAGCUGAGCGAGAAUGAGGUGCUAUUGAGAAAGGAAUGCUUUCAGGAGAUGUGGGACAUUUUUCGAAGGAAAGAAGCUGUGUGGAAGCAAAAAUCAAGGAACAAUUGGGUUCGUUUGGGUGAUGCAAAUACAGCUUUUUUCCACAAAUGUGUGCAGACAAGGAGGGCACAGAAUGCAAUAUUUGGUGUCUUAGGAGAGGAGGGAUGGAUUGAGGAACCCGAGUUGAUUAAGGCAGAGGCAGUUAAAUAUUUUAGUGAGUUAUUUCUCAAGGAACAGUGGAGUCGGCCUGUAAUGGGAGGGAUCCAAUUUCGUAAAAUUUCUACAUCUCAAAAGGAGUGGCUAGAAAGACUUUUUUCCAUAGAGGAAAUUGAAGAGGGUCUUCGAAGCUGCGAUGGGUCAAAGGCACCAGGCCCAGAUGGAUACAAUUUCAAUUUUAUAAAGUUUGCUUGGAACACGUUGAAGGAUGAUUUUGUAAACUUUUUGAUGGAAUUUCAUCAACAUGGGAGGUUAGUUAAAGGUUUAAACUCCUCUUUCUUGGCAUUAAUUCCUAAAAAAUUGAAUCCAGUGCAAUUUAAGGAGUAUAGGUCUAUUUGUCUGAUUGGUUGUUUGUAUAAGUUAUUGGCGAAAGUUUUAGCAAAUAGGUUGAAGAGGGUAAUGGCAGAUAUUAUAAGUGAGUCACAAUCAGCUUUUGUUGGGGGUCGUCAGUUGGUGGUCAGUGUGUUAGUUUUGAAUGAGGUAGUAGAUGAGGUGAAGAGAAAGAAACAGAAGAGCUUUAUAUUUAAGGUGGAUUUUGAAAAAGCAUAUGAUUGUGUGGAUUGGGAUUUUCUUGAUUGGAUGAUGGACAGAAUGGGGUUUGGGGUUAAAUGGAGAAAGUGGAUUCGGGAAUGUCUCUCAACAGCCAAGAUUUCUAUUUUACUAAACGGAAGUCCGACGUCAGAAUUUUCAGUUAGCAAAGGUCUUCGACAAGGUGAUCCUUUGUCCCCUUUUCUAUUUUUAUUAGUAGGUGAAGGGCUGUGUAGGCUAGUGAAAAAAGCAGAGUGUGAAGGGUUGUUGAAAGGUCUGGAAAUUGGGAGGGGCGAUAUGGUGUUGUCAUUAUUAUAGUUUGCAGAUGAUACUGUCUUUAUGGGAAAGGCAUGUGCAGGGAAUGUAAAGGUUGUGAAAGCCAUUUUGCACUGGUUCGAACUGAUUUCAGGACUAAAGAUAAAUUUUAGCA